GUGUCAAUCUUAACAAAUUUUCGAACAAUUUGAUAUUCACAUUGACGUAUGACACUCCUUUCACCCCUUGGUUACAUGCGUUGUAACGGUUUAUUAAGUCCCAGUUUGCAACAAUUAAAGUUCAAAAAAAUUGGGCAAGAGUGGAAACGUCUGUUUUCGGAAUUCUUGGGAACAUUUCUCCUCGUUUUCCUGUGCGUAUCUGUUGGACUUCCAUGGGAUAAAGACUUUGUGGGAAGAGAUAUCAAUUUGGACAUUAGUUUAACUAAUGGAUUCACAGUUGCCACUCUGAUCACUAUCUUUGGACACACCAGUGGCUGUCAAAUAAAUCCAGCGGUUACGUUGUCAAUGCUAUUUUUUAAGCAUAUUGAACCAAAACUUGCCGUUCUUUAUAUAUUAUUUCAAUGUUUGGGUUCAAUAGCAGCAGCGUCAAUACUUUUGUAUUUGACACCUCCCGAAGCGGUUGGUGGACUUGGAGUGGUUCAACCAGGCCUAAAUGUUGCAGUUCGUGAAGCAUUCGGUACAGAAUUUGUCAUCACAUUUAUCCUCCUCUUUGUUAUAUUUGCCGUAUCGGACAAAGGUCGAAAAACAGAAAUAACUGGAUCAAUCCCAUUGGCUGUAGGAUUAACAGUUGCAGUUUGUUCUUUUGUUGGGAAUAAUUUUUCUGGAGCUUGUAUGAACCCUGCCAGAAGCAUAGGACCCGCGGUGGUCACACGUUUUUGGGAUCAUCACUGGAUCUACUGGGUAGCUCCAAUUACAGGCGGAUUAUCAGGUGCAAGCGUAUAUCAUAAAGCGUUUCGAGUUUUCAAGGCAGAAAUUACAACCGGUACUGCUGAUAAAAAUAUGCACAAUAAGUUGCUUGAAUAAAAAUAUUUUAAUCAGAAUAAAUCACAGACUUGAAUAAUACAAGUGUCUCGUAG